CUCUCAAUUCUCUCUCUUUCACUCUCUCUUCCUCUACUUUCUCUCCAUCUCCUCCAAACCUCAGCUCCGCCACCACCACCACCACAAUGGCGGAAGAACCUCAAUUCGCCUCCACCAGGCCUUCCUCCGACAACAACAAACGAAAGUAUGAAGACUCAUCACCACCAGUACCAACUUCCACAGGUCCACGCCGUCCAACUGGUUUCUCAGCACCAAUUAUCUCCUCCGUCUCACCACCAGAUUCCACAAACCCUAACAACAAUCCACCUUCUUACAACAAUGUUCCACCACCUGCUGAUGAAAUCCAAAUAGCUAAACAAAGAGCUCAGGAAAUCGCUGCUCGUCUCUUCAACAGCGCUGAAGCUAAACGUCCAAGGAACGAAAACGGUACUCCAAUUGAUGAUCCUAAUGAUGUUCCUCCUAGUAAAUCCGGUUUCUCUUCUCCUCUUCCACCAUCAGAUCAUUCGUCGUAUAAGAGUAGUGGAUUUAGUAAUUCAGCUUCACAAGUAGGAAGAAUGUCUUCGCCUGGGUCGAUACCGGUUUCGUAUGGAUUUCAGAGUUCGAGUAAGAAGAUUGAGAUACCUAAUGGGAGAGUUGGUGUUAUUAUUGGUAAAGGUGGUGAAACCAUUAAGUAUCUUCAGUUACAGUCUGGAGCUAAGAUUCAAGUAACUAGAGAUAUGGAUUCUGAUCCACAUUCGCAGACUAGACUUGUUGAACUUAUGGGGAAUUCCGAACAGAUUGCUAAGGCUGAGCAGUUGAUUACUGAUGUUCUGUCUGAGCAGGCCGAAGCGGGAGGUUCUGGUCUAGCAUCAAGGAGAUUCACUGGACCACCUGCAGCCGGGGCAGGCCAAUUUCAAAUGAAAGUUCCAAGCAACAAGGUUGGUUUGGUCAUUGGCAAAGGAGGAGAGACGAUAAAGGGUAUGCAACUGAAUUCAGGAGCUCGUAUUCAGCUGAUUCCAUUGCAUCCACCUCCUGGUGACACAUCAACAGAAAGGACUGUGUACAUUGAUGGUACAGAAGAACAGAUUGAAGCUGCAAAACAAUUGGUCAAUGAAGUGAUAAGCGAGAACCGUGUUAGGAAUUCUUCAAUGGGUGGAGGGUACUCUCAGCAAGGUUACCGCCCUCCUCGACCUCAAUCAAGUUGGGGUGGUCCACCUGGCACUCAGUCUCAACAACCCGGAUACGGCUACAUGCAGCCUGGAGCAUAUCCUGGUGCCCCACCUCCUUAUUCUCAGUCGGGUUAUGGUGGGUAUCCCCCCCAAGCAUCUUCAGGAUGGGACCAAAAUUCUGCUCCACCAAGUCAACAAACAGCACAAGGCAGUGGAUACGACUACUACAAUCAGCAAUCUCAGCAGCCACCUGCUACUGCUGAUAACUCUGGUUAUAAUUAUGGUCAGCCAGCAGCUCCUACUUAUGGGCAACAACAAGCGUCUUACGGGGAAUCUGGAUACGCUCAACCAGCUGGUGGUCAGCAAGGAUAUCAACAGGAGGAUUAUAAUAGUGGUGGUUAUCAUGCUCCAGCCUCUCAACCAGGGUAUGGUCAACAACCAGCGUAUGAUCAGCAAGGUUAUGGUUCAGCACCUGCUUAUGGAACUUCAGCUCAAGAUGCAGCUGCACCUGCAGCUGCACCUGCAGCUGCAUAUGGAGCAGCCCAGGGUGCCCCUACUCCAGCUCAGCAAGCCCCACCAGCGGCAGGAGCAGGCUAUGCUGGUCAACAGUCUAGCAGCACUACUGCAGUAAGCUACCCAUCUCAGCCAGGUUAUGGAGCACCCCCAACAUCCCAACCAGGUUAUGGAGGUCAGCCACCAGCACAAACUGGAUAUGCUCAGCCUAGCUAUGGACCAUCACCUGUAGGACAAAAGCCACUACCACCUGGUCAAGCAGCUUAUGGUCAGUCCCAGCCACCUUCAAGUGGCCAAGGAGGUGCCUAUGCUCAGACUCCUGCGCAAACGGGAUAUACACAGCCUCCAACUACUGCUCAGCCAGGAUAUUAUGGUGCACCAGCUGGAACCCCACAGGCAGGUUAUGGAGCACAACAGCAGGCCUAUGGAGAGGCUUAUGGGGGUUAUUCACAGCCUGCCCCUGCAUAUCCAACCGAUAGUAGCACCGGUAAUGGUCACGGGUCCUAUGAAUCUUCAGCACCUAGAGGUGCCCCACCUGCACCACAGAGCGGAGUUGCAAAGGCCGCACCUCAAAGUUGAAGGUCUGGUCUAAUCUUGUAAGUUCUUUCUUAGAUUUUCAUUAGUUCUUUUUGUUUUGUUUUUGGCUUGUUUUGUUUUCCUGGAUAUGAAUUGGUUGGGAGAUUUUUGUAAUGAUAUGUUUCAGCCAUGGAUGUCACUCGUCGAGGUAUUUGAUGAUUAUUCUUGUGGCUUUUGUUA